ACCGUACUGUCAGGUUUGUUGUGAUUUUACUAGCCCCCAUGCUAAAGAAAUCCAUAGGAUUUUCGCAUUUCUACGUAAUAUAUUGGAAUAAGUGAAUUAUUUAAUUACAUUACAUUCGCAAGUACUUCACACAAUGUCGGUUACACAACGAGUCCAGCAAUGGGCUACAUUCGCCAGAACAUGGCACAUAUUCGAUUGUACGUGGCAAAACCCAUUCGAAGCCGCAUCCUUGAUAAGGAAACACCUGAUGGGUUUGCAUAAACCAAUUUACCAUCCAAUGAAUGAUUGUGGAGACCAUGUAGUGGUCAUCAACACCGCUGAAAUUGCACUUCCCGGCGAUGAGUGGAAGAAACGCGCCUACUUUCACCAUACUGGAUAUGCGGGUGGAGCAAGCUGGACAUUGGCAUGGCAAUUGCAUGAUAAAGAUCCCACUAUGAUCAUGAAAAAAGCUGUCUAUCGUGCCAUGAAGGGCAACCUGCAGCGCCGACACACGAUGCAAAGGCUUCACCUAUUCAAGGGCGACGAAGUACCGAAGGAGAUGCUUGAUAAUGUGACCAACCAAAUACGUCAACCGCGACGUGUUCCAGAACGUUUGGAUCAUAUCGAUCCGGAGAAGGUUCGCAACUUCCCAAAAAUUAUGGACUACCCGAAGGAUUACAUUUUGCGAUAAGGUAUACCGCUCAUUAGUCCAGUAGUUGGUUGCAUUAGUUCACUCUCACGCGAUUAGCAAAUAAAACAAAACAUGCCUAUAUAUGUAACAA